CGGUCCUGGAGUCGACUCGCACUAAAUUUCAUGAUUCUGUGAAAGACAAGUAUCUUGUCCUGCUGAAGGACACUGAGAUGACGAUGAAUAAGAUUGGCAAAGCAUACAAGUUGCAUGUCCCGAGCAUGGCUCAAGCAUCACAGUUCCAGGCAGCGUUCAACAACGAUGGGCACAAGUGGCUUGAUCGAUCUUUCGCGAAGAUCUACCCAGCGGUGAAGGCAGAGCUUCAGAAAUCGGCCAUGUGGACAGAGAAGCACCGGCUUGGAGUGAAUGGGCAGCGUGGAGUGAUGUAUGUGUUCGAUGACAAUGACAUUGACGAGCUCGUCUCACGCGAGCACAGCGGCGCCGACGUUGAGAGGUUCUUCCCCAACUCGAAGACGCUCGAGGUGCGGGGCAUCAGCGAAGCCAAGAUCCGCGAGAUCAUCGAGAGCACCGAGCUGUGA